GUACUGUGACGCAUCCAUGGUACGUGUAGACACGUUGCGAAUUCGUCGGACCGAUAAGAUGAAAAUAACUAUUUCCUGUUAAUUGUAAUAAUCAGCCUUCAAUCCCACCUCCAAGUCUCCUACAUCAUGGGUUCAUCUUCGCGUAUUGGAGAUGAGAACUCCCUCCUCGACCUCACCGGAAAAGUAGCUGUCGUCACUGGAGCAAACUCAGGAAUCGGCUUAUACAUCCUUUUCCACAUCGCCCAUUGCGGUGCUAGAACAUACCUUGGAGCCAGGACGGAAGACAAGUUCAAUAGCGCUAUUGCCCGCCUCAAGACGGAAGGGCUUGACACCAGCAAGAUCGUAUGGCUACCCUUUGAUUUGAGUGAUCCUAGAAAAGCGAAGGAGUCUGCAAAGUGGCUUUUGGAAAGGGAGAGUCGUCUUGAUAUUCUUGUCAAUAAUGCAGCAAAAAUUUUGGGUCCGUAUGCUCAAACUGCAGAUGGUCUGUCAGAUAGCAUGGUUAUCAACCACAUGAGUCCGUACUUGUUCACAAAGACCCUUCUACCGCUGCUAGAAUCCACAGCACGUCAACCUGGAUCUGACGUGCGCAUCGUAAACGUAUCUUCCGUCGCCCACCGAUGGGUACCAAAUCCUCGAUAUGACAGUCUGGAGGCCUUCAACUCUGACUUUGCCGAUACAUGGAAACCCAAGACGAAUCUGUACGCAUAUACGAAGCUGGCAAAUGUUCUGUGGACAAAAGAGCUUCAGCGGUCGUUUGACCGUGCCAACAUUCCCAUCCUUGCGAUGACGGUCCACCCAGGAAAUGUCAUGUCCGAGGGAAAUGUUAAGCUCUUCAAGUCUCUGAUGUUUGGAACGAUUAUAAACUGGGUCUUUUCGCUAUUCUUCAUCAGCCCAUUCGAUGGAGGGUACACGCCCGCAUGGGCAGCAGCCUCAAGGGCUAUCGCUGAAGAUCGCAGAAAAUAUGCUGGAACGUAUCUCGUUCCGUUUGGAGUGAUAGAGGAGGCGAGCGAACAUGCACAGAGAGAGGACUUGGCGAAGGAUUUGCUGGCGACGACGGACGCUGUCCUUAAGCAAUACGACUAUGCAUAGAGCAGCAUAUACAUACACUGUGUUUAAUUGCAGACGACCACAACAGGAUCAAUAUUAGCAAUUGCAAGGAUGAAUAAUUGCUGCGAGGAUGAUGGACGUAGCUGAUCAGGCUGCGAUUGGCUUUCUUCUCUACCACAUCAUGGUUCUCGACGACGGCAACG